AAAAUAUUAAGAACCAAGAACGCGGCAUCGUCGCUCUCUUCCCGUCUUCUCUCUUUCUCUUCUUCCCGUUGCUCUUCUGCAAGCGUUCGGACACAGAGAGAGGGGAGAGAGGCGGAACCGGAGAAUGGAGGGUUUGUUGGCGCUCGUCGCGGCGGUGCUGACCGCUGCAUCGGUGGCGUCUAGGGGCGCAGCAUACACAAAUUACACCGUAGGGGACACCGCCGGUUGGUUCUUCAACGCCGCCACCAACCGCAGCGCCGCCGACUACCAAGCCUGGGCAAAGAAAUUCACCUUCAAUCUCGGCGAUUUCCUCAUUUUCAACACGGAUAGCGACCACACGGUGGUGCAGACCUACAAUGGCACCGCCUUCAAGUCCUGCGACUACGACGACGACAGUGGGAGCGACACCAUCUUGUACUCGGUGCCCGGGGACCCUACCAAGCUGGGGGUGCGCGGGGUGAUCGCCGUGCCGCUGACGAAGGUGGGCGACAACUACUACUUCUCCGACGCGAACGACGGGAUCCAGUGCGCCGACGGCCUGAAGUUUUCGAUCUCGGUCAACAAAGGGGAGGGCCUGCCGCCGAGCCUGAUCGAGCCCCCUCCCUCUCCCCCCAGCAGCGCUUCCUCCCCGCCCGCCGCCGACACCCCUCCCAUCGGCACUCCCUCUAGCCAGAACGAGAACUUCGCCAACUCCGCCGCCUCCCGUCCCCUCCCGGCGGCCGGGCUCGCCUUUCCCGUGAUUCUCGUGUGUGGUCUGGUGGCUCUGUUUGUCUGACGACACUCUCUCUCUCGCUCACACCAUUAUUUUCUUCUUUUCCUUUUUCGUCUUCUCUCCCUUUUCCUGCUUAAUUGAUGGCGUUUGGUAGACUUCCAUUGACUUUACAAUCAAGAAUAUGUUAUACACAUUCAUUGUUUC